AUGGAAGAGGAAGUACGAGGAAGAUGUGUGACUAUUAUCUUCUCAAACGAAGAAGGAGGGGGAAAUCUUGAAUUGUGGGUUGAGGAAGGGGAGACUGUUGCAAGUGUCAAAGAUCAGAUUCGUCAUCUUCGUCCUGCUCUCGCACCACUAUCUCUCCGACUCAUUCACGCAGGUCGUCUACUCACCGACGGUAUUUUACUCUUACCCUGGUUAAGAUCAUUGGAAGAAAGAGUUAAACGACAGUCGAAUGGUGUAGGAGCCGACCUCGAUAAUGAAGAAGAUGGGAAAGUAUGGUUACAUUGUAAUGUUGGACCUAAGAUGGAGGAGGUGAAAAGUGGUGUUAGAGAAACAGAAGUGAGUUUCUCCAAUGCUCCCACCCCUGCUCAACCAACAAGAAGAGGUUUUGACGUCCUUCUCGACGCCGGUCUCUCGCCUGAGGAUGUGGCCAAUAUGCGUCGACAAUUCUACGCUGGUAGAGGGGAAGAAGUCCCUGAGGGUUUAGACGGCGAUGGAGCCAAUGACGAACAUGCUAGGGCUUUGGAAGAACAAUGGAUAGAAGGGGAUUUAACGGCGGAGACUGCUUUGACAACAACAGAAGGAACUUUUACAUCCACUUUCAAUGGUCUAAUAAUAGGUUUCCUCUUACCACUCUUUGUCAUAUUCUUUUUUCAAGAACCACCCCUUCCUAAUUUUUUCGAUGCCGAAGCGGAAAUACCAACUUCAACAAAUUCACUUUUU